GUGCACGACCAGCUCAAGUUAGAGGAAUUAUCCAUUUGUCAAUGCAACUGCCAGAGGAUGAAAUAAUUCUUUCAACCUCUCUAGACUGCUUGGUCAAAAGUGACUGACCUUGGCCAACCUCCUAAAGAGCACUACUAGGUAGGUAGUACCGUUCAGGACCCCACCAAGGUCGGGUUGCCAUUACCUUACCAAGUACCUUAACCCCGCUGCAAAUACCGCCAACCAUGAUCGCUUCACCCCGCCAUCAACACCACGCUUCCGUUUCGGCUCCCAGCUUUCUCUACCAGCGGCAAAGCCGGCUGCAGAACACUAGGCCGUUCCCGAAUAUCUGCAGUAGCUUUCAUACAAGAUGCGGUUCGCUUCAAAAAGGCAGACCGUCGAGGCCAUCGACGAGGACGCCGGCGUCUCCCUGCUGAUUGUCGAGCCCGAAGACAUGUGGCACGCCAACAACCUGAUCGCCGUCGGCGACGUGAUCCACGCGCCCGCGCUCCGCAAGGUCACCAUGACAACAGCCACCGGCUCGACUGUCGGCAAGAGCGUACGUACGAACCUGUCCAUCAAGGUCAAGUCGACCUUCUUCGACCCGCUCGCGUCGGAGCUCAAGGUCUCGGGCACCGUGGUCAACGAGAACGACUGGGUCAGCGUCGGGCAGCAUCACACGAUCACGCUGAAGUACGAGAAAGCCGACAUAAAGUUCACAAUAUGGAAGAGCGCGGGCUGGGACUCGGUGGCGCUGCAGACGUUGAAAGAGGCGCUGAGCGAGGACCGGCCCGAGGCCAUCGUCGCCGUGGUCAUGCACGAGGGCCUUGCCAACAUCUGCCUGAUCACCGAUUUCCGAACCAUCGUCAAGCAGCGGGUCGAGAGCUCAAUACCGAAGAAACGGUCAUCGGCGAAGGAGGCGUCGGGCGGGAUGGCGGCAUUCUACGAGAAGACGCUGUCCAACCUGCGCAGCAACGUCGACUUCAGCCAGCCCCGGACGCUGCUCCUCGCCAGCCCGGGCUUCGUCGCUCAGGACUUCCGCGCAUACAUGCAGUCGGAGGCUGCGCGUACGGGGGACAAGACGCUGCAGCGGAUGGCGAAGGAGGCCGUGGUGGUGCACUCGAGCACCGGCCACGUGCACAGCCUCAACGAGGUGCUGAGGAGCCCCGAGGUGAAGAAGACGAUGCACGACACCCGCUUCACCACCGAGACGAACCUGAUGGACCAGUUUUACGAACGCCUGCGCAAAGACGACGGAAAGGCGUGGUACGGCACCAAGCCGGUCGAGAAGGCCGUCGCCGAGGGCGCGGUCGGCCGGGGCGGGGGCGUGCUGCUCGUCAACAACGCGUUCUUCCGGAGCAUGGAUGUCGCGACGCGCAAGAAGUACGUUGCGCUGGUCGACAAGGUCAAGGCGGACGGCGGCGAGGCGAGACUGCUCAGCAGUGACCACGAGAGCGGGAAGCGGUUGGAGGCGUUAGGCGGCAUUGCGGCGAUCCUGACGUAUCCCAUGUUCGACCUGGACGAGGAUGAAGAUGAAGAGGGGGAUAUAGAAGGUGCGGUAGCGGCAGAUAAUUCGGCAGAAGGGACGACAGUGUUAUGAAGCAGCAGACGACAGUUUGUCCUGUUGCUUGUUGGCUUGCAUGCCAAGCGGCUGUUCCGGUGUGCAAAGAUCCGAGCCAUCCGACUCAAUUACGCAGUACACGAGUCCAGACCCCGGCAGUGGAUGUUGCACCGCUGCGGCGAUUGCCGGCUCCCCCUCCCCCAAAAGCGGAAUUUUGGCGUCUUCC